CGCCGCGGCCGGAAACAAUAGUGGAGGAGCCCGAGCCGCGCGGAACUGCUCCUGCGGCGCGCGGAGCCGACGGGGCACUAUGAACGAAGAGGAGCAGUUUGUAAACAUUGAUUUGAAUGAUGACAACGUUUGCAGUGUUUGUAAACUGGGAACAGACAAAGAAACACUCUCCUUCUGCCACGUUUGUUUUGAGCUAAAUAUUGAGGGAGUACCAAAAUCAAAUCUCUUGCACACCAAAUCGUUAAGGGGCCAUAAAGACUGCUUUGAAAAAUACCAUUUGAUCGCAAACCAGGAUUGUCCUCGAUCUAAACUUUCAAAAAGUACUUAUGAAGAAGUUAAAACCAUUUUGAGUAAGAAGAUAAACUGGAUUGUACAGUAUGCACAAAAUAAGGAUCUAGAUUCUGAUUCCGAAUGUUCUAAAACUCCCCAGCAUCACUUGUUAAAUUUCAGGCAUAAGCCAGAUAAAAAGUUACUCCCACAGUUUGACUCCCAAGUACCAAAGUAUUCUGCAAAGUGGAUAGAUGGAAGUACAGGCGGCCUCUCAAACUGUUCACAAAGAAUAUUGGAGCAGAGGGGAAAUACAGACUUUGGGCUUGCUAUGUUGCAAGAUUCAGGUGCCACUUUAUGCCACAAUAGUGUAUUGUGGCCUCAUAGUCACAACGAGCCACAGAAAAAAGAAGAGAUAAUCUCUAAUCCAGAGGCUAAUGUCCGGGUCCAGCAUCCACGUUACAGCAGAGAGGAAUUGAAUUCAAUGACUCUUCGUGAAGUAAAGCAACUGAAAGCAAAGCUCCGACAGGAAAUACAGGAAGUUUUUGAAGAGUUAACACACCAAGUGCAAGAAAAAGAUUCUUUGGCCUCAGAGCUCCACGUCCGCCAUGUCGCCAUCGAACAGCUUCUCAAGAACUAUUCCAAGUUACCAUGUUUGCAAGUGGGGCGAACAGGAACGAAGUCACACCUACCCAUAAACAAUUAAACUAAACUUACACUUAUCCUUUGCCCUCAUGCCCCUACCAUUUAUUGGUCUGCCAGACAUGCCAACUUUGAAGAAGUUGAAGAAAGUUAUGGUCCAUUUUUUUAUGGUCAUUAAAUUUACAAAGCUGAAGGCAGUAUUUAACAUCUUCACCAAAUAAAGCAGAUCGUUACACUCUAGUC